CCUCACUCCCCCAAGCCCAAACCUGGCGCCCUGCAGCGCCAUCAGCGGCAAUAUCUUCCUAUUUGAGGGACGGCUCUUAUUAAUCAGAAACGCUGAAUGGAAACCAAUCAGAUAGAGAGUUCCUUUGCCUUCAGCUUCCUGCCUGUCUGAGUUAAAAGUGAUGCUCGAAGAGAAAGCCACACUGAGAUGCAUGAAGAUUCAGCUGUGAAGAUACUAUAAAAAGAGAAGAGAAGGACCGAGACAGAAGCAACAACGGAACUGUCAGUGCGGAGUAGGGCUAAACUCAGUUCCAUUGUUAAGCAAGGAAAAACAAACAAUACAUUGAAUUUGACAACCCGCUGAAGUUGCAGAUAAUGAGGACUUACCAUUGUAUACUAUUAUUCAUCUGGACCUAUAUGUUCCAUACAGUUGACACCAUCCUAUUACAAGAAAAACCUAACAGUUAUUUAUCAAGCAAAAAGAUAGUGGGUCUGACAAAAGAUGACGGUAAAAUGCUACGUCGCACCAAGCGUGGCUGGAUGUGGAAUCAGUUCUUCUUAUUGGAAGAGUACACAGGUACUGACACACAAUAUGUAGGCAAGCUUCACACUGACCAAGAUAAAGGAGAUGGAAAUUUAAAAUACAUACUAACAGGAGAUGGGGCUGGCAGUCUAUUUGUUAUAGAUGAAAAUACAGGAGACAUUCAUGCUGCAAAGAAACUAGACAGAGAAGAAAAAUCUCUGUACAUUCUUCGUGCCAAGGCUAUAGACAGAAAAACUGGGCGGCAGGUGGAACCGGAAUCGGAAUUUAUCAUUAAAAUUCAUGAUAUCAAUGACAAUGAGCCAAAAUUUACAAAAGACUUAUACACUGCCAGUGUUCCUGAAAUGUCUGGAGUCGGUACAUCUGUUAUACAAGUAACUGCAACAGAUGCAGAUGACGCCAACUAUGGAAAUAGUGCCAAAGUGGUCUAUAGCAUAUUGCAAGGACAGCCAUAUUUUUCAGUGGACCCAGAAUCAGGCAUAAUAAAAACUGCAUUACCAGACAUGAGCAGAGAAAAUAGAGAGCAGUACCAGGUUGUUAUACAGGCCAAAGACAUGGGUGGCCAGAUGGGAGGCCUUUCUGGAACCACCACAGUGAACAUCACACUGACAGAUGUCAACAACAACCCUCCUCGAUUUCCCCAGAGUACGUAUCAAUUUAAUUCUCCUGAGUCUGUACCUCUUGGAACUCAUCUUGGAAGGAUAAAAGCCAAUGACCCUGACGUGGGGGAAAAUGCAGAAAUGGAGUAUAGCAUUGCUGAAGGAGAUGGUGCAGACAUGUUCGAUGUCAUCACUGACAAGGAUACACAGGAAGGGAUUAUAACUGUCAAACAGAAUUUAGAUUUUGAAAAUCAAAUGCUCUACACUUUAAGAGUGGAUGCAAGUAACACUCACCCUGAUCCACGAUUCUUACAUCUGGGACCUUUCAAAGAUACAGCUGUGGUCAAAAUAUCUGUGGAAGAUAUAGAUGAGCCUCCUGUGUUCACUAAAGUCUCUUACUUGAUAGAAGUAGAUGAAGAUGUAAAGGAGGGCAGUAUCAUUGGACAGGUUACAGCAUACGAUCCAGAUGCCAGGAACAAUUUAAUAAAGUACUCUGUUGAUCGGCAUACUGAUAUGGACCGUAUUUUCGGCAUUCACUCAGAAAAUGGUUCUAUUUUCACUUUGAAAGCCCUUGACCGGGAAUCAUCUCCUUGGCAUAACAUCACUGUUACAGCCACAGAAAUAAAUAACCCAAAACAAAGUAGCCACAUCCCUGUCUUCAUCAGAAUUCUAGAUAUAAAUGACCAUGCUCCGGAAUUUGCCAUGUAUUAUGAAACAUUUGUUUGUGAAAAUGCAAAACCUGGGCAGUUGAUUCAGACUGUCAGUGUCAUGGAUAAGGAUGACCCUCCCCGAGGUCACAAAUUCUUUUUUGAACCAGUGCCAGAAUUUACUCUCAAUCCGAAUUUCACCAUUGUAGAUAAUAAAGAUAAUACAGCAGGAAUCAUGACUCGGAAAGAUGGCUACAGUCGCAACAAAAUGAGCACCUACUUAUUGCCGAUUUUAAUCUUCGACAACGAUUAUCCAAUUCAAAGCAGCACUGGUACACUCACUAUUCGUGUGUGUGCCUGCGAUAAUCAAGGAAACAUGCAAUCCUGCACCGCAGAAGCCCUGAUCCUAUCAGCCGGCCUGAGCACGGGAGCUCUCGUUGCGAUUCUACUCUGUGUCCUCAUACUGCUUAUUUUAGUCGUGUUGUUUGCUGCAUUGAAGAGGCAAAGAAAAAAGGAACCUCUGAUAAUUUCAAAAGACGAUGUCCGGGACAACAUUGUGACCUACAACGAUGAAGGCGGCGGGGAAGAAGAUACCCAAGCUUUUGACAUUGGCACAUUAAGGAAUCCAGAGGCAAGAGAAGACAGUAAACUUAGACGGGAUGUAAUGCCUGAAACUAUUUUUCAGAUAAGGAGGACUGUGCCUCUGUGGGAAAAUAUUGAUGUACAAGAUUUUAUCCAUCGAAGAUUAAAAGAAAACGACGCAGACCCAAGUGCACCUCCAUAUGAUUCGCUGGCAACGUAUGCCUAUGAAGGGAAUGAUUCCAUAGCAGAUUCGCUCAGUUCUUUGGAAUCUCUCACAGCUGAUUGUAACCAAGAUUAUGAUUACCUCAGUGACUGGGGGCCUCGUUUCAAAAAACUUGCCGAUAUGUAUGGGGGUGAUGAUAGUGACCGAGACUAAGAGGAUUGUUUGACUUAAUCAAUAUUAGUGGAAGUACUGUCUAUGUUAUUAGAUUGAGUGGCCUGCAUUCUCUUCCUGGGAGGAAAUCUUUCAAAAAUUGAAAUUACAAACAAUACGUAGGUGUUGUCAAGUAGGGAUUUGCUUAAUCAGUAAGUCUUUGUGAAUGAAUACGAAUGAUACAGAUUUUUAAAAAAGUAAUAACCAGUUCACCCUCUUUGCCUAACAGUCUCAGAAGGAAAAUAUAUCACAUCAAUAAUCAAUAAAAAUAAGUAAAAGGCUUUUUGUGCCUUUUCUUAGGUAUAAUAAUUUAUAAAUGUUUUCUUAACUGACUUUCAGUCACCUUUACAAUUAAACUAAAUAUUGUGCAACCGCUUUGUAAAUUAAUAUGAAGAAGAUAUAUCCCUAAUGAAAUAGGAAUGACUAUUACUGCCAUAUUUAUUUAGUUGAAGAAUGUCUUUGUGUUAAUUCAUUCAUAUUUUUAUAAAUGUAUAUUUAUAUUUUUGUAUUUUUAUGAAAUAAACUAGUAUUUAUAAAACACAUUUCAUUUUAUUUAAUUCCUAGAGGCAGAUCUGAUCUCAUUUAUAACAAAAAUGUUUUACACCUUUAAAUGUAAAACAUGAUUCACUCAGGGAAUAAGCAGUUCAGAAACUACUGCAUGGAUUUGGACCUACAAUGUAGUGAAACUAUAAAAUAGCUUUGGUACAAAUUGUUAUUUUUCCGUUUCAUCACUUAAAUAUUGACUAAUGUUUAUAGAACCACUGAUGUCUAACCAUCAAUAGAG